AUGACACCCUUCCCGUCGCAGUACAGCAAGCGCGGACGGCGCUCGUCGAUGUCGUCGAUGUACGCACCUGCGCCCAUGCAAUUAGACGGCUACCGGCACGCGGGCGGGGUCCCUAUUAAGUUCAGGAUCAAAAACUCUUCUCGUUCAGGGGUGUCUGUCCAUGAGAUCAUGAGCAACAUGCGUCUUUCAGGUAGCCACGACUACACCUUCCGUGAUAUGAAAGUAGACCAUCGGGGACGGCUCAUGCUCAAAAUACGGUGGAACGGCUACCGCUCACUCAUGUAUGAGAUCCCCGUGAGUGGGCAUGAUGGAGGCUACGUCAACAUCCAAAGCUUCUCACGUCGUGUCGCACGAGCCGUCGUCCACUUCCUUGCGGCCAAUGCUAUUCAGAUCCCUUGGGACCGUGUCCUCAUUCACCGCCUCGAGGAGACUGCGUUUGGCACCUGGCAACCUGUGCUGUCGACUAUUUGA